ACAAGCAACAUCACUUCCCCACAUAUACACACCUCUCCCCCUUUUCCUCACAAACUCAAACCCUAACCAGUCUUCUUCUUCUUCUUCUUCUUGAUCAUCACCACCAUGAACCUGGAGGAGAAAGUGACAAUGGACCUGAUCCCGCCUUCGGAGCAGCUCUGCUACGUCCGCUGCAACUUCUGCAACACUGUCCUAGCGGUUGGGAUACCGUACAAGAGGCUGCUGGACACGGUGACGGUGAAGUGCGGUCACUGCAGCAACCUCUCCUUCCUCAGCACCCGCCCUCCCCUCCAGGGCCAGUGCCUCAACGACCACUCCCACUCCCACCUCCACCUCUCCCUCCAGGACAAGCCCGGAGCCGGAUCAGCCUUCUGCACUGACUUCAACAAGAAGGGACCCUCCUCCUCCUCUUCCUCCUCCUCCGCUGAGCCGCUCUCUCCCAAGGCUCCCUUCUUUAACCCUAAUAUAUAUAUAUAUUCUUCUUUCACCAUCGCAGCGCCGGAGAAGAAGCACCGCCUCCCCUCCGCUUACAAUCGAUUCAUGAGGGAGGAGAUUCAGCGGAUCAAGACUGCAAACCCAGAGAUACCGCACCGGGAGGCCUUUAGUGCUGCUGCCAAAAACUGGGCAAGGUACAUUCCAACUUCAACGGCUGCUGCCGGCUCAUCAGUCUCUGGGAGCACCACCACCACUGGCUUGCAUUUUGCAGGCAUGAGGUGAAGGGAGCGGGAUCGAUCGAUCGAUGAACUACUACUGUUGGAGGUUGUACCGAGAAAGUGAUUAACUAGCCAUGGUUAACCAUGGCUUAAUCCAUUUCUGUGUGGAAGGAACAGCUAUAGCCAAGCUCCUACUUCUGCUGAGGCAUCGGAGAUUAACAGUAUCAAUAUGUAUGUGCUGCUUUCUAGUUUUCGUUUUAGUUUCUUCGCUAGCUGCUUAUUGAUUAGAUUAAGAACGUAAUGUUUUUCUUUGUUGGGAACUCAAUGAAUGUUAUCUUUUCCUGGAACUAGCUACUCAUUAUGUUGCUCCACAUGCCAUG